UUUUGCAGCAGCCAGGGAGACCUCACCAAGAUGAAGACUUUUGCCAUUGUGCUCUUGGUUGCAGCCCUCUGCGUGGAGAGAGUUGCAUCGCUCGAUUGUUACCACUGUGAUAGAGUGAAGUCCCAUGGCGACUGUAAGAUGGUGAAGUGUUCACAUAUGGAUAAGUACUGCGUGACCAGAGAACAAAGAGAAACUCCUGACGUAGUGCUCUACAGCAAGUGGUGUGCUGCAAGUUGUCUGAACUCGGUGGAGACCAAGGGGGGCAAAACCACUGGAGAUGUCUGCUGUGACUAUGAUGGCUGCAACAGUGGUGGGCCCAUCAGUGUGAAGACCAGCUACAUCGUGAUGGCCCUGGCCGGGCUUGUCAGCCUCUCCUACAUCCUCUGGAGCGGGCUGUAAUGGGGCAAGGAGAGAAGAUCUCUCAUCUCGUCUCAUCUCAUCUCAUCUCUGGAAGCUCAUUCGAGAUGCUAAACCCCCUCUUUCCCCAAGCCUCUUGCUGCCCCGUUGAAAAAUGUUCUGCGUGUGAGACAGUACAUUG